AUUCCUUUUGUUUCAAUUGUCCCACCUCGCUCGCUCGCUCGCACGCACGCGCAAACGCCGCCUCUUCCUCCUCCCCCCUUCGCAUCGCAGCACCCGUUUCCUCAGAUCCCAAGGAACGAACCACUCCCGUCUUCCUCGCGCCGCGGCAUUUCAUCGAAUAGUCCUCGCGCGCCACGCCCAUGGGCUCCAUCCCGGUGCCCCCCUCGCUGCAAUGCGCGCCGCCAUCGGCGACAUCGUCGGCGCAGAGGCGGCCGACGGUGUCGGCGUCGGACCUGGCCCCGCUGUUCGUCGCGCAGCGGCGGCACCUCGACCACUUCUUCGACUGCCUCGACAUGUCGCAGGCGGCGGCGUUCGCGCAGGCCCUGCUCGACGCACCCGGCGCCGUGUUCUUCACCGGCGUCGGCAAGUCGGGCAUCGUGGCGAGGAAGAUCGCGCAGACGCUGGCGUCGCUGGGGUUCACGCGGGCCGGGUUCCUCGCCCCUGUCGACGCGCUCCACGGCGACAUCGGCGCGCUCUUCCCGGGCGACGUGCUAGUGCUGCUCUCCAAGUCCGGCGCGUCAGACGAACUGCUCGCGCUCGCGCCCUGCGCGCGUGCAAAGGGCGCCUACCUCAUCUCCCUCACCUCGGCGGCGUCCGGCGCUGACUGUCCGCUCGCCGCCACGUGCGACCUCAACGUGCACCUGCCGCUGCAGGGGGAGGUGUGCCCCUUCGGCCUCGCGCCCGUCACCUCCACCGCCAUUCAGAUGGUGUUCGGGGACACCGUCGUAGCCGCCAUCAUGGAGGCGCGACGCCUCUCCAGGGACCAGUACGCCGCAAACCACCCCGCCGGCAAGAUCGGAAAGACACUCAUCUUCAAGGUUAAGGAUGUUAUGAAAAAACAGAACGAGCUUCCUCUGUGCAAGGAGGGAGAUAUGAUAAUGGAUCAACUCACUGAACUCACCAGUAAAGGUUGUGGGUGUCUACUUGUGGUUGAUGGCGAGCAUCAUUUGAUUGGGACCUUCACUGAUGGUGAUCUCCGGCGUACACUUAAGGCAAGCGGGCCAGCUAUUUUUAAUCUCACAGUUGGAGAGAUGUGCAACAGGAAUCCAAGGACAAUCACUGCGGAGGCAAUGGCAGUCGAAGCCAUGGAGAAGAUGGAAUCACCUCCUUCACCUGUGCAGUUCUUGCCUGUUGUCGACGACCACAAUGUCGUGUGUGGGAUCAUUACAUUGCACGGAUUGGUCUCUGCUGGAUUGUAAACAUAUAUCCCGCAACCUCCUGCUGGACUAUAGGCUUCUGUACAAGCUUACUCAGUUCUUAAUGAUUCUUUUUAUCGACAUCUACUUGGUCCAAGACUGCCAACUGCAAGUAUUGUUGUCAAGUUCAGUCGAUACCUGAAGGAAUGUAUCGCUAUGUAUCAAGUGUAGCUUAGACUCUUUUGGGUAUAUGGUGACAGUGUUAGCGUUCUCCUAUGUAUUGUGUUUUGUAAGAUGACGCUGUCCGUUUGGCAGCUGCUUACCAUGUUUGUACUUUGCACUCUAUUCUGUAAAUGAAUGCUUUACUAUGUUCGUACUUUGUACUCUAUUCUGUAAUCGAAUGCUUUACCAUGUU